AUGGCAAAGCCAAGAGGCGUCCAGUUUCAACAUAGAGGCAAUAACGGACACCGAGAGCACCGACGACCAAGUAUUUCUGACGCAAGUGAGAGCUUGUCAGAACCCGGGAGUCCCACAAGAAAUGGCACAAUAAAGAAGGCAGAGACUAUAGUCGAGGAGAAGCCACUGGCGUCAGACUACGAGAAAAAGAAGCAGACCUUCAUCACACGCACGAUAUGGACAUUGGUUAUGAUAGCAUUCUUCUUCGCAUCCAUGUUCGCAGGCCAUAUAUAUAUCAUCGCGAUCGUCACUGCCGUACAAAUCAUCUCAUUCAAAGAAGUCAUCGCCAUUUCCUCUGUACCCACCAAAGCAAAGAAUCUCCCCCUCACCAAGUCCCUAAACUGGUAUUUCCUUGCAACGACAAUGUACUUCCUCUACGGCGAAAGCGUCAUCUACUACUUCAAACACAUCGUCCUGGUAGAUAAAGUCCUACUCCCCUUCGCAACCCACCACCGCUUCAUUAGCUUUAUGCUCUAUGUCAUGGGCUUCGUCUCCUUCGUCGGCUCCCUGAAAAAGGGCCACUACAGAUUCCAAUUCUCCCAGUUCGGCUGGACGCACAUGGCCCUCUAUCUGAUCGUCGUCCAAGCCCACUUCAUCAUGAACAACAUUUUCGAGGGGAUGAUCUGGUUUUUCUUACCUGUGAGCCUCGUCAUCACGAAUGACAUCUUCGCAUACAUCUGUGGCAUCACUUUUGGCCGCACACAGCUCAUCAAGCUUUCCCCUAAGAAAACCGUAGAAGGUUUCGUGGGUGCAUGGAUCUGCACCAUCAUCUUCGGCUUCUUCAUGACCAAUAUCCUCAUGCGAUAUAAAUACUUCAUCUGCCCCGUCAACGACCUCGGCGCGAAUCUCUGGACGGGAUUGGAAUGCACGCCCAACCCGGUCUUUACACCGUAUCCAUACCAGCUCCCGGCCUGGACACACAUCAGUUACACCUUCUGGAUCGCGCCCAUGCAAUUCCACAUCAUGGUCUUCGCCACGUUCGCUUCCCUCAUCGCACCCUUCGGCGGCUUCUUCGCCUCAGGCCUCAAACGCACAUUCAAGAUCAAAGAUUUCGGAGACAGCAUUCCCGGACACGGCGGCAUCACCGACAGGAUGGAUUGCCAAUUCAUCAUGGGCUUCUUUGCCUUUAUGUACUACCAGAGUUUUAUCGCCGUGUACAAGGCCACAGUGGGGAGCGUGAUUGAGAGCGCGAUCAACGGGUUGACCGUGGAAGAGCAGGUCGAGGUGGUGAGAGGGCUGGGCAAGUAUCUGUAUAAUCAGGGAGUUAUAAGUGCAAAGAUCUUGGAUUGCCUGUCGGCAGAGCUAGGAAAGAAAAGAUGA